AUACCCAAAGCUAAGGUGGUGAGCUUACGAAACGGAAGAUCUAAGACAAGAGCACAAAGAAGAUGACCAACUUUAGCGGCUGCAGCAAUCUCGUGAUCUUCAUCUUCAUCUUCUUCUUCUCGCGUCAGACGUCAAUGGCUGAAGGAUACAAAAAUAUCAACCCGAUUUACGACUUGUCCAGCAGAGAGGAAAUGGUGAGAUUGGCUGGUUAUGGAGAGGACAAGCUUUCUACUGUUCUCAUCACUGGCACUGUUCUCUGUGAAGCUUGUGAUGAACCUCACAUUCAAACAUGGCCUGUUUCAGGUGCUAUGGUUACCAUCAACUGUGACACAAAAGAGAAGUGGAGCAAAACAACUUCUGCACAGGUCAUCACUGAUGAAUAUGGAGACUUUCAAAUUGAUCUUCCUUCUCACCUUCAUGCGAUUCCCAACUUGGACAGAAUAUGUUCAGUCAAGGUUGUGAGAAUGCCAAAGAACUCAGCCUGCUUCCCUGCUUUUGCAACAAAACAAAUGGCACUGAAGUUAUCUUCAGAUACCAACGGCGUCCGCAGUUAUACUGCUGGAAAUAUUACAUUUCUGCAUUUGAGAUCUAGACCUUUACUAGCUUGCACAAACAGGGAGAGAAGUGAUGAACAGCUUGCAUAACAUAUUCCCAGUUCUUGAGUUGAGGAUGGAGAUGAAGUCCUAUGGCUCAUUUGGAUGGCGCUUCUUCAGUCACAGCAAUGAGUUGCAAGUUUUCAAUUCCAGUCCUGUCAGUUUUAAAACUCAAAUGGAGAGAGAGAGAGAGAGAGAGGUGAUGCCUAUAGUCUGUUUGUAAAUAUUGAAAACAACAAUGCGGGCUGUGAUAGAUACAAGAAAAUUUCCAGUCUUGCUCUGUAAACAAUGACACUAGCACAGUAUCAAUAAAAGAAACUAGAAGUGAUCAUGGGUCUGACAACC